AUGCUUUUCCUGAUGGCAGACAAGAUGGCGGAAGUGGAGCAGAAGAAGAAGCGAACCUUCCGGAAGUUCACCUACCGCGGCGUGGACCUGGAUCAGCUGCUGGACAUGUCCUACGAACAGCUCAUGCAGUUGUACAGCGCUCGGCAGCGUCGGCGACUCAACAGGGGUCUGCGGCGCAAACAGCAUUCCCUCCUGAAGCGUCUGAGGAAGGCCAAGAAGGAGGCGCCCCCCAUGGAAAAGCCAGAGGUAGUAAAGACACACCUUCGAGACAUGAUCAUCCUGCCUGAGAUGGUGGGAAGUAUGGUGGGCGUCUAUAACGGCAAGACCUUCAAUCAGGUAGAAAUUAAGCCUGAGAUGAUCGGCCACUACCUGGGUGAAUUCUCUAUCACCUACAAGCCUGUGAAACAUGGCCGGCCGGGUAUUGGAGCCACUCACUCCUCACGUUUCAUCCCUCUCAAGUAACCCGGAUCCUAACAAUAAAAACACAAAGGUUCUUAAAAAAAAAAAAAA